AUGGUCCGUCUUUUCAGCCUCGCCGCUUUCGCGACGGCAUCACUCGCUUCGUGCACACAGGCCCAGGGUCUAGAGACCUGCCUCGAAACUGCCGGCCUCCUCACAUCGUUCCCCGAGACUAACGCCUCGUUCCCGACCGAUAUCCUCCCGUGGCAGCGCCGCAUUGCCCCCACUCCGGCCGGUGUCGCCUGGCCGCGCACCACCGAUGAGGUCGCCGCCGCUCUCGCCUGUGCCCGGGAGGCAAAGGUUCUGGUCGCGGCCCGUGAUGGCGGCCACUGCUACGGCUCCUACAGUCUGCCCAACGCAGGGCUCACCAUCAACAUGACUCACUUCCAGGAGACCAAGUAUGAUGAAGCUACCGGUCUGCUUACCUACGGCGGCGGCUCCCUUGUGAGCCCCGUCGUCAGCCAGCUCUGGAAGGAGCACGGCGCCCGUUUCCCUCACGUCCGCGCCAACAUGGUCGGCCUCAUCGGCUCUUCCAUUGGAGGCGGCUUCGGCUCCCUGUCCCGCAUGCUCGGAACCCCCAUGGACUACCUCGAGGGCGCCACUUACAUGCUCUAUAACGGCACCAUUGUUGAGACCUCCCGCACCAAGAACCCCGAGCUUUUCUGGGCCCUGCAAGGAGCCGGCAGCUCCUAUGGUAUCAUCCUGAGCCUCACCACCAAGACCUGGAAGCCCACGUACCAGCAGGCCAUCAACUACACCAUCACGCUUACCGACAGCUCCCUCUCCGCCGGCGUCGACUCUCUCCUCGCCAUCCAGGAGCACUACCUCUCCGGCCAGUGGCCCGACGAGCUCACCAUGCGUUGGUCCUUGACCGCCCCUCCCUACACCGGCUCCGGCUUCUACUGGGGCAACCCCGAGGACUUUGACAAGCUCCUCGAGCCCCUCAUGGCCAAGCUUCCUAACGGCACCCAGCUCACUCGCACCGUCCAGGACUUCUGGGCCGUCGAGAAUGUCGCUACCCCCUCCAUCGACAUUCCCGUCGACACCUUCCCCCCUCGCAACUUCUACCUCCAGGCCCUCGUCCUUCGUGAGGACCAGCCCUUCACAAAGGCCUCUGCCACUGCCCUCUACAACUUCACCACCGUGGCCUUCAACCGCACCGACCUUACAAAGUUUGGCUUCAUCGACCUCUGGGGCGGCAAGCCUACUAAGGCCCUCAAGGACGACGACACCUCCUUUGCCCACGCCAACAGCUUGUGGCUCAUCCGCUGGGAGGGCCGUCUUGCCACCGGCUUGACCGAGUUCCCCGCCGACGGCCUGAGCUACAUGCAGAACGGCUUCCAGCCCUUUAAGGACCAGCUCGCCGCCGAGGGCGUGCCCCUUCGUGGCUUCGUCAACUACCGCGAUACGGCUCUGACCGUUGAUCAGUGGAGCGAGCGCCUGUACGGCAAGAACUAUGCCAAGUUGCAGGAGAUCAAGGCCGUGUACGACCCCGAGGGCAUGUUCACUGCCCACCCGCAGAGUAUUCCUCUGCCUGGCCAGCAGCCCCCUGCCGCCAUCAACUAG